AUGCCAAAUCAGAAGUCAGAUUAAUUGCAAAAUUAAAGAUCUGAACUCCAGGAUAAAUCUAAGUAUGGGUUACAGGAGUUUUUCAAUGACUAAAGUGAUAAGGCAAAAAUGCUUGCAAAUAUCUAAUUUGAGUUCCAAUACCAAAAUAGCACCAAAGAUCCUAAUACAGUGUGGAGUAAACUUAUGAAUGUAAUUCUAGAGAAGAAGUAACAUCAAUAGAUGCUUGAAAUGGUUAACUUUAAUAACAAUGAGUUUCAGAUUCUAAAUAGAAACAUGCCAUUUAUUUAUCAUAAUAGAUAAAAAAGCAAAGAUAAGGGUAAAAGUUCAAUAGAACUUUAAAAUUAGCCAAUCAAAACAAAAAGAAACGAUGACAACUCUCAUAGAGCUAAUUCAAAUGAAGAAAUUAACGAGGUAUUAGAGGAAAAGGAAUAGUUAUUUAAGUAACAGAAAGAUAAGUUUCAAACUUUAAAUAGUGAAGUUGAAUGUUUGUGA